AUGUGCACGUCUGAAGUCUUAACUCUAAAGUGGUCAUUAAAAUGUAAAUAUGAAUUGGACAACGCCGAUUUGUAUGUACCAGUUGAUCCGAACAAGAUUCCCAAGUUCUUGAACAAGCCGAGCACAUACCAGGUCGUCACCAAAGAUACAAUUGUUUUACCAUGUGAAGUAUAUAAUCCGGAAAACUUUGUACUGGCUUGGAAGAAAGGAAUAGCAAUUUUGACCGCCGGUACAACUAAAGUGACACCGGAAGAACGUAUCCGGAUCGUCGAAGGAUACAACUUGGAGAUCCGCAAUGUGCAAAUCAACGACGCUGGAAAUUACAUAUGCCAGAUUGGCACCCUUGAACCAGUAGAAUUAAAACACACGCUGCAAAUACUCAUUCCGCCCAGGAUCAUUGGUAUAACAUCAAAUGGAAAAGUGAGCGCUAAAAAAGGGUCAGAUGUGACUCUUCAAUGUAAUUCGACAGGAAACCCACCACCGACAAUCACAUGGUCUCGUAAAAACAAUAUGCUUCCAAAUGGUGAAAAAACAUUUAUUGGAAACUCGUAUACAAUUGACUCUGUCCGAAGACAAGCCGAUGGAGUUUACAUCUGCACCGCAUCAAAUAAUAUCGGAACAACCGUGAACGAAGAAAUCGAUCUAAACAUACUAUAUCCUCCGGAAGUCAAAGAAGAACAAUCGAUUGUAUUCACUGUGGAAGGACAAGAAACUGAAAUCGUCUGCAUAGUACACGCAGAGCCCAAAGCCGACGUAAGUUAG